UCCUUCCUUACCAGCCAGCCACUGAUAUAUAUAUUUAACAGUGUACCAUAUACCUUUUUGUUCCUCUAUAUAUUUAUAUGCACUCCAUUUUAUAUAGAUUGGCACUAUACUCAUAUCUGUUAAUUCUUUCUAUAACUUCCUAUACGCUGCAAAAGAGCAAAUUGGCCAAAUCCCAAUAUCGGACAGCGCUGUACUAUCUUUCUUACCUACUACAAUGGUGACUACUUUGAUCCCAAGAGUAGAAAGCUUAUCAAACAGUGGUAUUGAGUCAAUCCCAAAAGAAUACAUUCGCCCAAAAGAAGAGCUGACCAGCGUAGGCAAUGUCUUCGAAGAAGAGAAGAAAGACGAAGGACCUCAAGUUCCAACAAUUGAUUUAAAAGAAGUGGAUUCUGAAGAUAAAGAAAUACGAGAGAAAUGCAGAGAAGAACUAUUGAAAGCAGCCAAAGACUGGGGUGUUAUGCACCUUGUUAAUCAUGGCAUUCCUGGUGAGCUUAUUGAUCGUGUGAAGAAAGCUGGACAGGCUUUUGAUCUUCCGGUCGAGGAAAAAGAGAGGUAUGCUAACAAUCAAGCUUCAGGAAAGAUUCAAGGUUAUGGAAGUAAGCUUGCUAAUAAUGCAAGUGGGCAGCUGGAAUGGGAAGAUUAUUUCUUCCACCUUAUUUUUCCCGAGGAGAAACGUGACAUGUCUAUUUGGCCCAAGACUCCAACUGAUUACACAGAGGUGACAAGUGAGUCUGCAAGGCAGCUGAGAGGUCUAGCAACAAAAAUUCUGUCACUACUAUCAGUUGGCUUGGGACUAGAAGAAGGGAGGCUAGAAAAAGAAGUAGGUGGCCGUGAAGAGUUACUGCUUCAAAUGAAGAUCAACUACUACCCAAAAUGUCCGCAACCAGAACUUGCUCUAGGAGUUGAAGCUCAUACUGAUGUAAGUGCACUCACUUUCAUCCUCCACAACAUGGUUCCCGGCCUGCAACUCUUUUAUCAAGGAAAAUGGGUUACGGCGAAAUGCGUUCCAAGCUCCAUUAUCAUGCACAUUGGCGACACAAUUGAGAUUUUAAGCAAUGGCAAAUACAAGAGUAUUCUGCACAGAGGACUUGUUAACAAGGAGAAGGUAAGGAUUUCUUGGGCAGUUUUCUGUGAGCCGCCAAAGGAGAAAAUCAUCCUUAAGCCAUUGCCUGAAGUUGUGACUGAAGAAGAGCCAGCAUUGUUCCCUCCUCGCACAUUUGCUCAACAUAUUGAGCAUAAGUUAUUUAGGAAGAGCCAAGAGACUACAACUACUAAUCUCUCUAAGCCAUUGCCUGAAGUUAUAACAGAGAAAGAGCCAGCAUUGUGCCCUCCUAGCACUUUUUCUCAACAAAUUGAGGAUAAGCUGUUAAGAAAGAGCCAAGAGGCUACAAUUGAUAAUAUUUCUAAGCCUUCUCCUGAAGUGGUAACUAAGGAAGAGCCAGCAUGGUUCCCUCCUCCAACUUUUGCACAACAGAUUGAGGAUAAGUUGUUCAUGAAAAGCCAGGAGACAACUGCUACUGAAUGAGGCUUCUUCAGCCCAAAACAAGUACUCGUUUAAUCGUAUUGGAUUAUAUAUUUUAUUCAUGGGUUGGUUCGUGUUUUGAACUUGUGUUACGGCAGGUAUAAGGUUUAUUUUAAUGUCUUCGUCCUUCACUUUUGUAAUAUUUCUACCUGCUUUCGUUGAAUAAUAAAAUUGAUGUUCUGUCUUA